AUGGAUAGCCAGGAACUAGGCGACGCCUCCCCCAGUCGCCAACAUGAACAUUACCAUAACCCCGCUCCGAACCCUCCACUGCCGUCUACGACUGCGACGACGACGACGACAACAACGACAACGACAACCCCCUCCUCCUCCUCCGACACUGCUCAUGAUAUCCCAUCAUCCUCAGUGAGCCCCGCGCCGACCCGCGCGCCGCAGAGAAUCCUCCCGAGACGAGCAAUCACCGAUCCCAUGGGCGGCAAGGGCACAUUCGAAGGCGGUCAUGUCCGCUUCUCGGACGACAUGCCUCGAGAAUCCCUGCGCAGCUUCGACCUGUCAGGCUCGCACAUGAAUCUGGGCAAUCCCGGCCUCUACACGAUCCCCUCGAGGGGCGACCUCGAAAGCCAUAUCCUGCCCGAGCCUUCAUCGUCGCGUGGCCACCCCGGGAGUGACCAAAGCUCUGCGCAACCGUCCGAGUCUGAACUGAAGCAUCCCGUUUACCGACCAGAACCGAAUAAGCGUACAAAAUGGCUGGUCGCGAAGGAGACAUUGACUGACCAGCUAAAGAAGGCAUACGAUGUGUACAUUGUGCAAGGGUUAUUGCGGCAGAAACCACUUCCGCCGAGUGCAGAUGGAAGACAUAUUCCCUUGGACACGUCGAGGAGGCGAAGCGAUGCACUAAUUGACGAGCGCACGAAAAAGCCGUAUAUCAGCAACUUUAUUCGGUCCAGUCGCUACACGAUAUGGAGCUUUUUGCCCAAACAGCUUCUUUUCCAGUUCAGCAAGAUGGGAAAUUUUUACUUCCUCGUUGUAGGUACCGUCCAAGCCAUACCUGGGCUUAGCACGACUGGUUCAUAUACCACAAUCGCACCACUUGCCGUUUUCGUCUCGUUAUCAAUGGCAAAAGAAGGAUACGAUGAUUAUCGGCGAUAUCUCCUUGCCAGGACCGAAAAUCUUAGUCGCGCUUGGGUUUUGGGUGAAAGGUCUAAGAAGGCAACGGCCAGGAUGCGACGACACAAGGCUGCGGAUGCAGAGAUGCCAUCUGAAGGGCCGUCGCCAGAGGGGUGGACAGAAGUCGAAUGGCAGGAUAUCAAGGUUGGCGAUAUCAUCAGGCUUCAGCGAGACGACGAUGUUCCCGCCGACAUGGUGCUACUCAGCGCGUCUGGUCCCAACAGCACAGCCUAUAUCGAGACGAUGGCUCUUGAUGGAGAGACGAAUCUCAAAGCGAAAAGAGCAUCUCCUCUCUUAGCUAAGAGGUGUUCAACUGUUGAAGGAAUCAAUUCAUGCGAAGCUGUUAUUGUUUCUGAGGACCCCAACCUCGACCUCUACAGAUACGAUGGACGUGUUACCGUUGACGAGGAGACGCUGCCCCUAUCACUUGACAACGUCAUAUAUCGUGGCUCAACUGUCCGCAAUACAAACGAAGCGAUCGGCAUCGUCAUCAACUCUGGCGAGGAGUGUAAAAUUCGGAUGAACGCCCACAAGCAUGUGCGGACCAAAGCACCGGCAAUGCAGCGCGUCCUCAACAGCAUCGUCAUCUGGCUCAUUUUCGUGCUUCUUGGCCUCAGCAGUGGCCUGACCCUAGGCUAUAGCCUCUGGCAAGAUCCCACAGAAAGUGACUCUUGGUAUCUCCAUGGCGAAUCCAUCUCGCUUAGGAAGGUCUUUAUUGCUUUUAUCCUGAUGUUCAAUACCCUGAUCCCGCUCUCACUAUACAUCAGUCUAGAGAUCAUCAAGAUCAUCCAGUUUUACAUGAUGGGAGAUGUUGAGAUGUAUGAUCCCGUCAGUAACACACCCAUGGUUGCAAACACGACGACCAUUCUCGAGGACCUUGGACAGGUCAAUUACGUCUUUUCAGACAAGACUGGCACCUUGACCGAGAAUGUCAUGCGGUUUCGCAAGAUGAGUGUUGGCGGCACUGCAUGGUUGCAUGAUAUGGAUAUCGAGCGCGACGAACAGGCGAAGCAGAAGCUCAUCAACAUGGCGCGAAAGAAGCGUAAGGGCAAGGGAAAGGACAAGCAUCGCGAAAAGGCUACAAUGAACGACAAUACCGAGGACCAUCUAUCGCACCACUUCCCAGCGCAAGGUCGACCCUCCGUUAGUUCAUACGCGCGAGGGAGAUCUACUAGUAGAGCUCCGCAUUCAGAUCCGGAGCUCAAGACUGAGGACCUUCUUUUGUACUUGCGACGCAAACCGGAUACAGCCUUUUCAAAGAAGGCAAAGCAGUUUUUGCUCUGCAUCGCCCUCUGCCACACGUGUUUGCCUGAGACCUUGGAAAACGGCGAUAUUGAAUACCAAGCUGCCUCCCCGGACGAGCUUGCCCUGGUCGAGGCAGCACGGGAUCUGGGCUACGUUGUCAUUGAUCGGCCUGCGCAGUCUGUCAUCCUCCAAAUACCCGAAGCCGAUGGAUCUAUCAAGAAAGAGCAAUAUGAUGUUCUGGACGUCAUUGAGUUUAGCAGUCAGCGGAAGAGGAUGUCCAUCAUUAUCCGCAUGCCGGAUGGUAGAGUCUGCGUGUUUUGCAAAGGCGCCGACAACGUCAUUCUGCCCCGCCUCAAGCUCAGCGGCCUCGCUAUGCAAAAGGCAGAUGGAGUUCAGCGGAGGGCGUCAAUCCGUCGCAGCGUCGAAAGAGAAAAGGCCCAUAGUCAACAUGUGGGCGGCACGCCUCGCAGCAGCGUCAUGCUUCCGCGAACUUCAAUGUCGGAGCGACGCAGUUUGAUGCUUAGACGGGAAAGUCUACGGGUUUCUACGGACUUGCACAGACGGUCGAGUGCCGCCACUGAUGACCACGAAGCAUGGCCAUCGCGAAGAGAUUCUCAUGAUGUUCUGUCGCCCAUCAAUACUCAGGAAAUCUGGUCGUCUCCGCGGCCUAGUAUGGCUAUGAGCGAGAGCGACAUUGACGAAUUCAUUGACGAAUCGAUCGCUCUUAAUGAAGGUGUGGUUUUCGAGCGAUGCUUCCAGCACAUGAACGACUUCGCCUCGGAUGGUCUUCGAACUCUUCUCUAUGGAUACCGGUACAUUGGAGAGGAGGAUUACAAGUCUUGGAAGAAGAUUUAUCAGGAUGCCACAACCAGCUUAGACAACCGACAAGAGAAAAUUGAAGCUGCUGGCGAGCUGAUUGAAGACAAAUUCGAGCUUGCCGGAGCCACUGCGAUCGAAGACCGGCUGCAAGAGGGUGUCCCUGAUACUAUCGAAAAGCUCCGUCGUGCGGAGAUCAAAGUCUGGAUGCUAACGGGUGAUAAACGCGAGACCGCCAUCAACAUUGGACAUUCUGCCGGUCUUUGCAAACCGUUUUCGGAGGUGUUUAUUUUGGACGCUUCUAUGGGCAAUCUUAAGGAAUCCAUUUUGUCUACUCUGGGCGAGGUAGCUAGAGGCAUGCUUCCUCAUACGGUGGUCGUCGUUGAUGGCCAAACCCUGGGAACCAUCGAGAGCGAUGCGGACUUGAGCUUCCUCUUCUUUGACCUUGUUGUCAGAGUCGAUUCCGUCAUCUGCUGCCGCGCAUCCCCAUCUCAAAAGGCCACACUGGUGAAAAGAAUCCGCCGUCAAGUGCCACACUCCUUGACGUUAGCCAUCGGUGACGGUGCGAACGAUAUUGGUAUGAUUCAAUCUUCCCAUGUCGGCAUCGGUAUUUCUGGUCGUGAAGGUCUGCAGGCCGCUCGAAUUUCCGAUUAUGCAAUUGCUCAAUUCCGUUUCUUGCAACGCCUUCUCUUCGUCCACGGUCGUUGGAACUAUCAAAGAACAGGAAAAUACAUCCUAGCUACCUUCUGGAAAGAGAUUGUGUUCUUCCUCCCGCAAGCCUACUUCCAACGCUACACUGGAUAUAGCGGGACCUCACUCUACGAGAAUUGGAGCUUGACAGUGUUCAACACAUUCUUUACUUCAUUGGCAGUCAUCCUGCUAGGUGGACUGGAGAAGGACCUGCAAGCCAGCACUCUUCUGGAGUUUCCCGAGCUAUAUACCUACGGUCAUAAGAACAGAGCCUUCAACAUCAAGCUAUACAUCGGCUGGACAUUCAUGGGACUAGUUGAGUCUGCAAUCAUAUGGUGGGUGACGUGGGCAGUCUAUAGAGUCUUGCCGUUCGAUCAGGAUACGACGCUCUAUGCCAUGGGAACAGUUCCUUUCACUGUAUGCGUGGUAUUCAUCAACAUAAAGCUGAUGGGUUCUUGA